AUGGAGAGUAGUAGAAUGAGUGUGAGACUGAGAGGGGCUGUGAUUGCCUGUGUUGUUGCUUUGUUGUGGAGCGGGGCAUCUGCGAUGCUGGUGCUCAACCUGGCGGACCACUGCUAUCCCCCCUCGGGAGGAUGCAAAUCGCUGAGUGCCGAUAUUGAGUCAUGCCAGUCCAAUGGCGUAAAGCUGUUUUUAUCUAUCGGAGGAUGGCCCAAUUUCUCAAACUAUUCACUCGGCUCUGUAGAGGAUGCUCAGAACCUAACCAAUUAUCUGUGGGAGAACUUCCUUGGAGGGCAAUCGAACUCCAGGCCUCUGGGAGAUGUCAUUCUGGACGACAUAGAUUUUGAUAUCAGAACGACGACCACCUCUUCAAAGAAGGUCUAUCUCAGCGCUACUCCGGAGUGCCCAUAUCCCGAUGAUCACCUAGGAGUGGCCUUGGAGACGGCUCUUUUCGACUAUGUGUGGAUUCAGCUCUACAACAACCCUCACUAUCUGACCAUUACCAAUAAGUUGUAUUGGUGGAAUAAGUGGACCACCGUGAAUGUUACUACCAUUCAAACAUGGGGCCUUUCCAGGGGCUUUUCCACUUCCCUUCGAGCUUAUGCAAAUGGCUACAUUACUGUAGUCGUACUCAUCUUUGAGGUGCUGCCCGAGAUCAAGACGUCCUCAAAAUAUGGAGGAGUCAUGCUGUGGGACAACUACUAUGACAAGAUAGCCAAUUAUAGCUUGAUUAUCAAAGAAUCAUUGAUAAUGAAGUUGUUUCCCAUUGAUGGGCCUACUUUGGCCGCUUUCUCAGAAUAA